AUGGGCGAGCUGGCGGAGCUGACCGACCAAUUGGUCACGGCGGUCGCAAAGCUCUCGCCCAAUAAGGACUCGUCGCGCGCGCAGAAUAUGCGCCGACGCGUAGAAAGAGUGCUUCGUCCUGGCUCCCAUGGACGUACCGAUCAGUUCCUAGUCGCACGCCAGUUGGAAGGUCUGCAGGAGAAGUUCGAAGUUGUGGAUCGAUCCGACUUGACCCAAGCUCUCCGCAGUCGCCUCUUGGAGCUAGAGGGCUAUUCGAAUGACUGGUAUCCUGAAAUACUGAGCUUAAUGCUGCAGCUGUCGAAUCGUCCAGCGAUCUUCUCGAAGAUCGAGAACUUGCCGAAACGUGCAACUGCACCUGCACAAGACGAUGCUCUCCUGUCCUGGUCCAAAUUAAAUGCGGAUACGCAGGACACCACUUUCAACGAUGACAUUUGGGAGGAAGUAGACUUUGCUGCCGGUUCCUCAGAUGACGAUUUCUCAUCCGUUGCCAGCGAUGUGUCUCUUCCCCCGAGCCCGCAACAACCGAGCAUUGACCUAGAAACUGAGUAUGUAGUCCCAGGCAAUGUCUUCGUUUCGGGUGACGAUGAAAAGUUCAUUACCUCAAUAGAGAAGGCUCAGUUCUGGAGGCCUGAGAACAAGGCCCCAACGCCCAAAGGAAAGGAAAUUGCCUACCAGACCAUCACGGAAUUGCAGCUGGCUCGUGAGACAUUGUUCAUGCUCCAAGGCCUCCCAACAUCGAUAUUCUGGCGCCUGGAUGAUGAAAUCACAGUGGAUGGCACUUAUCGGCUACGGCAUUGCUCGAGCAACGCUUUAUCGGCACUGCUUCAAUCAUUCACGGAGAUUGGGUGCCAAAUCGAUGCAUUGCGGCGCUUUACCAAUGCCUCGCAGACCAUCCCUUAUAUGCAGACAUUUUGCCGAGGGAUCGAAGAGCGGUUGCUCGAAUUCGAUGCGAACCUCUCGCAAGUUCAAGUUUCCUUCCUUUCCGCCGGCUCUACAGUCAGUUUGAUUCAACUGCUCAACGAUGUUCGCCAGUAUUCUCGCCAUCUACUUCAACUGUCCGACCUGGUAUCUAGGCUAGGGAGACACAUUGACACGCAACCAAUGAGCUGCUUGGAUCUACUCUAUGACUCGAUAUGCUUGCAAGAAGCACUAGGAAAUGACACUACGACACUGGUGGCCUUAUUCUCAGCCUGCUUCAGGACCUAUUCCCGAUCCAUCAAGCUCUGGAUGUCAACUGGUCAUCUGGAUUCACAAGAUUGUGCAUUCUUCGUGCGGGCGAACCCCGAACAUGGCGAGCUCAGAACUCUUUGGCACGAUUGGUAUAUUCUAGACGACGGUACCAGGCGCCAGGAAGUUCCCAGCUUCCUGGAAAAUGGAAUCCACAAAGUAUUUACGGCUGGUAAAAACAUGGUUUUCUUGCGUCACCUGAAUGCACUCCCAGACCUUUCAGAACAUCCCGAUCUCGUUCUGGAUGAACUGUACCCAAACUCCUCAUUGUCACUCCCAUUCCCCGCAUUAGUUGAAUCUGCCUUUGACCGUCUGGUAGAUGCAAACCACUCUCUUAGUGCUGGUCUCCUCCGGACAGAACUUGAUGAGCAAUGUGGACUGUGGGACUCCUUGGAUGCCCUGCAAUAUGUCUAUUUGGGCGGCGACCUCAGCAUCCUUGGUGCUAUCGACACCAAGAUCUUUGAGCUUAUGGAUCGUGGCCGAUCUUGGGAUGACAAAUUUUUAUUGACGGAGGUAACACGCUCGGCAUUCAGCGUGAUGCCCACCAUUGACCUAUCAAGGAUUGUUGUUCGAUCAGCUGGCACUCGUCUAUCCGACUACAACAUUCCCAAUCGCAGCGUUCAAGUUCUGGGGUCUAUCUCGAUCGACUACAUUCUUCCCUGGCCCGUCGCAAACAUCAUCACACAGGACGCAAUACAGUCGUACCAGCGCAUCUCCACGUUUCUGCGUCAGAUUCGACGUGCAAAGUAUGCCCUUGUUAAGGAACGCAUGCGAGACGCACGGAAAACCACAGCAGAAGACGAGAAUGAAACACUCAUCUAUGCCCUCCACCACGACCUACUUUCGUUCCUCAACUCCAUCUACUCCCAUCUUACCUACCUUGUGAUUUCGACCUCAAACCAAUCUUUGCACUCGGCGUUAUCCGAUGUCGAAGACGUCGAUUCCAUGAUUGACGCACAUCAAGCCUACAUGGCUUCUCUCGAAGACCAAUGCCUUCUCUCUGAGAAUUUGUCACCGAUACAUGACGCUGUCAUCGCCCUACUGGAUAUCGGCGUACAUUUUGCAGACUUGCAGGCUGUUCGAGCAUUUGAAGAGGGCUUGAUCGACCCUGAUGACACCCGCAAUAUAGAAACCCUGCGCCAAAAACGAGCUGCGGGGUAUGACUCGGACUCGGAUUCGGACGAGGAAAAUGAUCAAAUUGACCACGAGCAAACUCUCACAAUUUCAUUCCGCGACUCUUCAUAUGAGGAUCAAAUGCGGAAUCUGAAGCAGCGAUAUGACUAUCUGGUCAGUUUCGUUGCGGAUGGGCUGAAGGGGGUUGCUCGUGCGGAUGGACUGCCGGGCUGGAACAUUUUGGCAGAUCGACUGGAGUGGCGGACAGGAUGGCUUCGGUAA